AUGGAAGCUUUAUCUCCGCGGUCGACCAACCAGAAGAUAAAGCCCAAAGUGUCUAUGGAGCGGAAAGUCCUGGACAAGAAUGCAGCAGCUGCUCAGAAAGCCUCGUCAGCGAAGAACCAUGCGCCGCCACCCCCAGCGCUGAUUCUGGAGCCCGGCGACGAUGGAGAGCGAUACUCUACCGGCGGAUUUCUGGGAAAGGGGGGAUUCGCAAUUUGUUACGAAGGGACUCUGCUGCGCAACGGUCGCGUGUUCGCAAUGAAGGUUGUUAAGUCUGACAUGGGUCAAAAGAAGAUGCAAGAGAAGUUUCGGACUGAGCUGCAGAUACACUCGAAAAUGCGCCAUCCUCACAUUGUCGGCUUUCACCGAGCGUUCGCUUUCAACCAAUGCAUAUAUGUGAUCCUGGAGUUAUGUCCCAACGGAUCAGUAAUGGACAUGGUGCGGAAGCGGAAAUGCUUGAGUUUGCCAGAAGUCCGACGAUUCAUGGUCCAACUCUGCGGUGCAGUGAAAUAUCUACACAAGCGAAAUGUUGCACAUCGUGACUUGAAAAUGGGAAACUUGUUUUUGGACCGGAAUAUGGACAUCAAAGUGGGAGACUUUGGUCUGGCAGCCAUGAUAAUGUCGGAAAAGGACGAGAAAAGGAGAAAGACGUUAUGUGGAACACCGAACUACAUUGCACCGGAAGUUCUCGACCGAAGCAAAGGAGGUCAUACACAGAAAGUAGACAUCUGGUCUUUAGGCGUGAUUUGUUUCGCGAUGCUUACAGGCUAUCCACCAUUCCAAUCGAAGACCCAAGAAGAAAUAUACAAAAAGGUCCGAAAUCUCACAUACGUCUGGCCCAAAAACCCAGAGUGUGCGAAUGACAUUCCAGAGGAAGCCAAGUCAUUGGUAAGCUGCUGCCUCAACCUCGAAGAAUCGGAGCGUCCAGAGCCAGAUGACAUUGUCGAGCAUGAAUUUUUCAACAUGUACAACGGAUGCAUACCUAAACGGCUGGAUCCAGGGUGCAGUGUCCAGAAACCGACGUGGCUCAGGCCGUCCGAGCCGCGAGGAGAUGAAAUGGCUCCUGGUCAUGGACUAGAUUUCGACGAGAAGUUUUCGAGUUACAUCAGAGACGUGGAUGAUUCGAUCCUAAGAUAUCGAACCUGCAAGGCAGCAUUCUACAGCUCCUGCGGUGUAGGAAGGAAACCAGACGGCACGGCGCGGAGAUCCAUUGGACACAACGCUUCCAAGUCAGGGUUUGCUGAGUGCGUCGCGGAGGAAGAGAAAGGUCUCCAACCGCUGAUGCCUCUACCUGAAGAUAUUGUCUACAAGUACCCUCAUGAUCUCAUUGGUGAUUGGAGUGUCCCUGAAUCGCUGCCGAUGCGAAGGCAUGAUUCUGGGCUGGAUGGCAGCCUUCUGUCCAGCGAAAGCAGUAGCACAUCUCUGCGAACCGUGUCCCAAUCGAGGACGCAGGCGGCACUUGUGGCGGCCCAGCAGCGGCGGAAUGCUUCUCAAAGUCACGCGGCGUCCCUUCGACAGCAGGCGCUAACAGGUAGGGGCACCGUAAGGAAAGUUCCCUCUCUCUGCGACCCACCGAUAUCGACCAUGAAACCCAUUCCUGACGUGCGAGAUACUGGGCUCAACGCAGGGCAUGUAGCGCCUGUGCCUACUGGAGGAUUAGCUGAUCGUCCGAUUCGGACACGACGCGGUGUUGCGGCGUCAUAUUCGAGUACGGGGUCAAUCCGGGGAAUGGACAGCCAUGCGGUGCCUCCGGCAUCUCAAGCAAGUAACGGUCUGGGAAUGUUGACAGUUGGAAAGACACGCUCUCAGUCACGUAAGUUGGAAGCUGCAAACCAGGUGGCUGCUCCACCUAUUCCUGUGCUAAAGGAUCGGUCCGUCUCUACAGGUUUAGAAGACUUGCCCCCGAGAUCGAGACAAACGUCUGCACGAUCGGUCCACAAGGACUCUAAAGACACCUCUAGAAAGCCCAACCCUGAAGCGUGGCAGAGGGACCAGCCGCCUCCAAGGUCACGACCGGAAGCUCAGUCCCAGCCCCUAAGCAGAUCGGGAACUAAAGCUUCGCUGUCAUCCACAACUAAGCCAAGGUCGAGUCUAGGGCUGCAUGCCCUACUUCACCCAGACGAUCCAUGCGAGUUGUUGCCGGGGUCAUCUGUUGAUGACGUCAAUAUAGACCUACGGAAUAUGCUAUCAAACCUGGUACCGGGUUCAUCGAACCGACGACGACUUAUGUCGGAACGGCCGUCGCGGCAGCCGCACGCGUAUGUCAUCAAGUGGGUGGACUACACGAAUCGGUACGGGAUAGGGUAUGUGCUGGACGAUGGUAGUGUUGGCUGCGUGUUCAAAGCCGAGAAUGGACAGCCGGCGACCGGCGUAGUACUUCGCGAUGGGGAGAAGCACAUUCGUCGCAAAGCUCGCAGUCAAGAGAAGUCUGAUGCUCAGUCGCGCCCGUAUUCUGAGGCUGACCAGCUCGUACCUCGGUAUGGUAAAGCUGUGGAAUUCUACGAGAACUGUAGCGACGACCUACUCGAAUGCCGCGGCGGUAUCCGCAGAGCACUGAUACCCCCGUCAAUGUUCGAGGUGAAAGACUCGACCGGAGGUGUCAAAGUUCGAAUGGAUUCUGGACUUAGCCGUGCGCGAGCGGAUGCCGAGAAGAUCAAGCGUGUCAAGCUCGUCGACCAGUUUGGAAAGUACAUGAUUGGGUCUCUUGGUCGACAUGGCGAUGAAGGACUGCUUGACGACACGGUAACUGGAGCGCCUGGACAGUUUGUCAAGUUCUACCAAAGACUAGGCAACGUUGGUGUCUGGGGUUUUGGCGAUGGCGCUUUUCAGUUCAACUUCCCGGAUCACACGAAGCUGGUGUUGGCGCCUGGCCGUACGAGGAACUCAUCGCCGUGGAUGGACUUUUACCAUCUCUCGCCAUCUGCGGCGCGUUAUCUCGCGGCCAAAGGAAGAAUGCACCCGUCUGGGUUCGACACACGAGCCGUGGUGUCUGACGAGAUAGCCACUUUCCUCAGCAUUGCCGAUGGCGCAGGCACUAGCCCCUUGGAUGAAAAGAUCAGAGAGGUCCUGGAAGCGAAUUCCUUUCUCGAAAAGAUUGCGUUCAUCAAAGAUGUAUUGAAGAGCUGGAUCCGACAGGGACGUUUGGGAGGACGAGCAUCACCAGACCGACCGGGCACAGAGAUGUUCUGGGAAGGAUCACAGGAGCGAGCCCAAGCAACUGGCGGUGGUAGCAGCAAAUUUGUAUGGGUGACGGUGGGCGCGCCUGGAGGCGACAGAGAGUAUCGCUCGGUAUCGCUAAGAGACAAGAAAAGUAGCAGCACUAGUGAGAGCGACGAGAUGGAAGCACUCAGGGAACGGCUGCAAUUAGCGGGCUUAUAG